AUGAGUGGAAACGAAUUCCGAUUCUUCUUAUCAUGCGACAUCAAUCUCCCCGUCACUUUCAGAAUCGAAAGAUUAGAAGGCAAAUUACCACUGCCCAAGCCUCCUAAUUCAGAUGACGUUGAUUCUACGUCAGAGGAGAGGAGACCGGAGUUGUACGUUGAGUGCUUGUUGUACAUUGAUGGCGCACCGUUUGGUCUUCCCAUGAGAACGAGGCUGGAAUCUUCAGGUCCAUCAUAUUGUUGGAACGAACUAAUUACAUUAAGUACUAAAUAUCGCGAUUUGACCGCAAAUUCACAACUCGCUGUCACUGUAUAUGAUGUUUCUUGUGGUAAAAGUGAUGGAGUGGUUGGUGGGGCAACCAUUCAUCUGUUUAACAUGAAAAAACAGCUCAAGACUGGUAAGCACAAGCUUAGACUUUGGUCAGGGAAGGAAGCAGAUGGUUCUAUCAAUACAACCACUCCCGGGAAGGUUCCAAAGGAAGAGCGCGGGGAGUUGGAACGUCUGGAAAAGCUACAAAAUAAGUAUGAGAGGGGGCAGAUUCAAAGAAUUGAUUGGCUGGAUCGUCUUGCAUUCAAAGCUAUGGAGAAAAUUAAAGAACGCGAGAGUAUUAAAAAUGGAAGUUCUCAUAUAUAUAUUGUUGUUGAUUUCUGCAGUUUUGAACAUCGAGUGGUGUUCCAGGAAUCAGGAGCAAAUUUUCUAAUACCAUCUCCUAUAGCUUCCACGAACGAACUGGUCACAGUUUGGGAUCCUGAAGUGGGAAAGAUUAACCCCUCUGAGCACAAGCAACUAAAGCUGGCUAGGAGUUUAACUCGGGGCAUCAUUGACAGAGACCUGAAACCAAGCUCUACGGAAAGGAAGUAA